AUGUUUCUCCUCGCGCUCCCCAACGAGCUAAUUGCUCACAUUUUACGGCUGACUCAAAUCGACUCCAAGCGGGAGUUCGUUAACUUACGACUCGUUUGCCGCCUAUUCGAUGAUAACGCAUCACGAGUCAUCCUACAAAAUUCGAGCUUGAGCGAGCUCGACAUUGGCCGCAGGCUACACUGGCGGCCAAGCAUUGAAUGGAUGUUGGCCACGAAGGCGAGAAUCCAAAUGUGCAAUCAAGGUAUAUUUGCAUUCGUGCACGACGCGGCUGAGCAUGUGGUCGGUAGGGGCCUCAUCCCACAAGUUACGCUGGAUGCUGCUAUUGCCACGGCUUGCCGCCUAAUCGUGGCUGUGAAUGAGCCAUCGUGGGUGGUCAACCACCUUGUCACCUGGAAGCCUGGAAAUCCUCUACCUCCAUCCUUACCAAGUUUGGAGAACUACACUCGUGGUCAGAAGGUACGGAACCCAGAGAUAUUCUACGGGACGCUGCAUUUUCUGGUGGCCUGCGGGGACAAAGCAGCCGUCGAAUCGAUCAUGAGGAAACUGGCCAACAUCGACGCUGUAGACUCGGUUGUUACCCAUCCUGUAUUUGGGGACCUCAUGCGUGCCGCGAUUGUAUUAGACCAAGUGGCUGCAAUCCGCACGUUGCUACUGCACGGACUCGAUCCCCGCACGGUUGUUGUCGAGGGCCAGAGGAAUGGUACCCUGGUAUAUGCUGCGGAAAUGAAUCGAGAGGCCGCAGCCAGGACCAUCUUGAGUCUUUCCACUACUAUCAACAUCAGCGCGCGAGGGAGGUACGGCAACACCGCGCUCGGCUGGGCCGCUCGCAGGGGAUGGACGGACAUUGUCCGAUUGCUCCUCCAAAGGGACGAUAUCAAUCCACACCUCGGUAAUAGGGAGGGAGAAUCGCCCUUGAAUUCAGCGGCAAAAGAGGAUCAUGAAGACAUUGCGCGUCUGCUCCUGGACAGUAUGACCGAUGAGCCUCCAUCAUUAGGUUUAAGGGCCCAUUAUUGCCCGUGGCGGGUGGCUCUUGUGUCCGGUGCAACUAGAGUUGUACGGCUCAUCCUGGGCCGGUUUGGUGAUGCUAUCGAUAUCAAUGAACCUCUACGUUGGGGUGGGGGGACACCAUUAUACGUUGCAGUCUCUAAAGGCUUUACACCGCUGGUCCGAUUGCUCCUAGAUGCCCCCGGCAUCGAACCUGACAAGAUGUAUUAUGAUUCGACGCCACUGGAACUGGCCGUGCAAACAGGACACACGGAAAUCGUCCGUCUGCUGCUACGCUGCAGGGUCAACGUUGGGCGUAGAAUCAGAGGUAAAUUGCUUGCACAGAUAGCUUUGGAACAUCACCGUACGGAAAUUUUUGAGCUCCUCGUGGAAAGAGCUGUGGAAUACGGCUUCGAUAACUGGCGUCAGUGGCCGGAGCUCUACAACAUGUCCCAACGCGAUACGAGGUUCGAGAUGACAGUCUUGCGGACGUUUUUGAACAUGCCCAGAUUUCGAAGCGAGAAAAGAGAUGUUCUGCAACUACUUCUUUGGCUGUCAGCGAAAAACGGCAAUGUUUCUGCUGUCGAAGAACUUUUGCGUUAUGAAGAAGUCGACCCAAAUCACCGUGGAAGUAAUAGAAAGGACCACGAGAUGAGGCUUAGAUUGAGAGGCGGAUAUAACUAUCAGGACUACCACCUGUCGGAGAAACCCGCUUUCAAAGGUUAUUUGUGCUCGGGUAGUUUUGCAGACACCCGAACGCCUCUCCUAGUUGCAGCUGAAUCGGGCCAGCAAGGGACAUUUGGGAUGAUCUGCGAGCACCCAAGAAUCGACUACUACGUCACAGAUGGGCUGGGGAGAACUUGUCUCUGGUGGGCGGCCAAAUGCCCGAGUACGGAGAUUGUCCGGAAGAUACUAGCUUGCUCAACUGACGCUGCACGGAUCAUCAACGUCCAGGAUGACGAAGGGUGGGCACCGCUUCAUGUCGCCGCGACAGUCAUUAAUGGGCUGAUAGUGAAAUUGCUACUUGACCAUCCCGAGAUCGAUGUUAACGUGGCCACUAAGCAAGGAUGGACAGCGUUGCACAUGGCCAUGGAAGAUGACGAAUCUGCUGCUUGA